AAUGGAAAUCAGUAACGGACAAAAUUGUUUUGAAAAUUCGGGGCAGGGAGAAAGCGGAACGGAACAUAAUUCACAACGCACACAUUACAAUAAUAUGUAAAUAAAAUACAUUACAGUUACCCGUCGAGUUUUUAAAAGUAUGUUUAUAAGCCACGAGAGUAGGUGGGUAAUGGCCCGAACCAGCAUUUGAUGUAGGCUGGAAGGAAAAGAAAGAGAACACGAAAGCUGUUGGUGCCGAGUGGAGGAAGCUGCAGGGUUCGACGUCUCCGUACCUCACCACGGAAUUGGUUAAUCGCUGAUGUUUUGGUUUGACAAAAGCAACAUUCGUUCGUUAACAAAGGAACUAACCGUAUUUAAAUACGUAUCUAAAUAUUUAUAUUUCGAAAAAUACAUUUUAAGAAAACAUCUUUUCCGAGGAGGAAGUAGAACGGAUCUGCUCAGAUUUGAAAAAAAAUGACAUUCGGCUAACAAAAAUAAAAUUGCAUUUACGGAACGUUAUCGUUUGCUCAUUUAAUUUAGGGGGCGAGGUGGGAAAACCGAAUGUGACAUCAGGCUACGACGGAGAUCACCGAUAAAGUAGAUUUUGUACAUUCAACAAGGUAAAUGAUUUACCCAAACAAUUCAAAAUGUACUGAAACCGAUUAACUCCUGAGAGACUGGGGCAACAGGAAAAAAAUAUACAGUAAAGAUCGGCGAGAUUAAUCACUAUGAACAUCGUGUGGCAAAAUAGUAGUCAUAUCAGCUUUCAAUUUACUGAAAACCGGUUGGAUACAGAGGAGUGAAAAGGGGUGUGUGAAACAAUAAACAGCUGCCCCAGGAGUCUCUAUACCGCCUGUCUUAGAAACACUAAACAUUUAUAACAGGUUUUUGCGCACCUAGUAGAGCUUCAGUUUUUCGCAACUCUUGUUUCCAACAUUAUGCCUCCACGUAACUUGCUCAGGUCCACUUUUGCCCAAUAACUUCAGAAGAUAUUAUAUACCAAGACUUAUAUAUUUAGAACGAUAGCAGUGACAUUGGGAUACAACAAAGUUGUUUUUUUUUGGCAGUAGAGCUCAGUGGGAGGCGCGUUUGAAACCUGCUUGGAAUUUCUAUGUGAUUCUGCCACUCGGUGCAUGUGACAGGAAAACGUUUGCUUCCUGUUUGCUGGUUCGUCUAAUGGUACAAUUUACUCUGCGUGUCCUUUCUGGAGGAACUUUUUACACCAUUCAGAAGUAUUGAAAUAUUAUUGUCCAAAUGCUAAUGUGUUUAUGUAUUUCAUGUUUAAAAAGAUAAAAAUGAAACUGAGCAGACAAUUCACACUAUUUGGAAGUGCCAUAUUCUGCGUGGUGAUAUUUUCCUUGUACUUAAUGCUCGACCAUGUUCCGUUCGAUCACCCAAAGAAUGUGAAGAAAGGAGGGCUAUUUCCAAAUGCACAGCUUUCAAUUCUGCAUGAAAAAAUUGACCAUCUAGAGCGUCUAUUAGCUGAAAACAAUGAAAUCAUUUCAAACAUCAGGGAUUCCGUUAUUAAUUUGAGCGAAUCUGUGAAAGAUAACCAAGGGGACCAUGAAACUUCAAAUUCAAGUAAAGGAUUUUUCUCUCAAGUCUUUGGAUCUUCCUCUUCCAUUAUUUCAAUUGAAGCAGAAGAUUGUCAAUUUGCCUUGAAGGGGUAUGCAAAAGGGUCAAAUUUGCAAAUGUUGGAUAUCUACAACAUUCUACCUUUUGACAAUCCAGAUGGUGGAGUUUGGAAACAGGGCUUUGACAUCACGUACAAUGAAAAUGAAUGGGAUGAUGAGAAACUGCAAGUCUUUGUUGUACCCCAUUCACACAAUGAUCCUGGUUGGCUGAAAACAUUUGAUGAAUACUACAGCGAUCAGACCCAGCAUAUUCUAAACAACAUGGUGGUGAAGUUACAAGAGGAUGCUCGCAGGAGAUUCAUCUGGUCUGAGAUUUCAUACUUUUCAAAGUGGUGGAGCACUAUAGAUAGCCAGAAGAAAGAUGCUGUCAAAAGACUUUGUGAACUAGGUCAAUUUGAAAUAACAACAGGUGGCUGGGUCAUGACUGACGAGGCUAAUACGCAUAUUUACGCAAUGAUUGACCAGUUGCUUGAAGGACAUCAAUGGCUGGAGAGAAAUUUAGGAAUAAAGCCUAGAUCAGGAUGGGCCAUUGAUCCGUUUGGGCACACACCAACUAUGGCAUACCUGUUAAAACGAACAGGUAUUUCAAAUAUGCUAAUUCAAAGAGUCCACUAUUCUGUGAAGAAAUACUUGGCUAAACAAAGGGACUUGGAAUUCUUUUGGAGACAGAAUUGGGAUCAGAAUGGAAACACUGACAUUUUAUGUCACAUGAUGCCAUUUUACAGCUACGAUGUUCCUCAUACAUGUGGCCCUGAUCCUAAAAUAUGCUGUCAGUUUGACUUCAAACGUCUACCUGGUGGCCGAAUUAGCUGCCCUUGGAGAAUACCUCCAGUUGAAAUACAUGAUAGCAAUGUUCAAGAAAGAGCCAAACUCAUCUUAGACCAAUAUAGAAAAAAGUCCAAACUUUACCGUACCAAAGUGGUCUUGAUUCCCCUGGGAGAUGAUUUUCGUUAUGACCAGUGGUCAGAAUGGGAUCAACAGUUUCAAAAUUAUCAGAGGCUUUUUGAUUAUAUGAACAGCCAUCCAGAGCUGCAUGUGAAGGCCCAGUUUGGAACAUUGUCAGAUUAUUUUGAUGCUCUCCAUAAAACUACUGAAUCAGGAAAUGCACCAUCACCGUUUCCUAUUUUGAGUGGGGACUUCUUUACCUAUGCAGACAGAGAUGACCACUACUGGAGUGGAUAUUUUACCUCCCGACCCUUCUAUAAGCGAAUGGACAGAGUUUUAGAAUCACACCUGAGGGCAGCAGAAAUCCUUUACUCUUUAGCAUUAGUGGGUGCUCAGCAAUCCAAUAAAAUGACAAUGUUCCCUUCAUCUGAAGAUUAUAAAUUGCUCACAGAAGCAAGACGAAACCUUGGCCUGUUCCAGCAUCAUGACGCAAUUACUGGAACCGCUAAAGAGUGGGUCGUUGUAGAUUAUGGGACCAGACUAUUUCAUUCAGUAAUGAACUUGAAAAAAGUAAUAGGUGACUCAGCACAUUUUCUAAUUUUAAAAGACAAAGAAAAUUACAAGCAUAUCCCUUCAAUGCCUUUUCUUCAAAUGGAUGAUAGUCAAGCCUCGCAAGACUCAUUGCCUCAAAGAACAACUAUUGAAUUAAGCGUAACACCCAGGUUCCUUGUGCUUUAUAACCCAACAGACCAGCACCGCAUUUCUGUUGUAACAGUGCAAGUAAAUUCUCACAAAGUAAGAGUGCUGACUGGUUCAGGGCAGCCUGUGGAAGCCCAAAUUAGUGCAGUCUGGGACAGAUCCACUACAAUUUCUAAAGACCUAUUCCAGAUUUCCUUUGUGGCACAUGUAUCAGCGCUGGGUUUGGGGCUCUACCAGUUAGUGGAGGCUUCAGAUAUCAAACCUAUGCUCACUGAUUACACUGUAUACCUAAAUGGAAGGGAAGAAACAAGCAUGGAGAGUCCUUUCAAAAUUGACAUGCUGAAAAGCUACACUGAUGACAUCACUAUUGAAAAUCUAAAUUUGAAGGCUUGGUUUUCAGGAACUAAAGGUUUCUUAAAGAAAAUAAACAUCAAGGAGAAUCAGAGUGAACAUCAGAUAAAUAUUCAGUUUUGGUGGUAUGGAACCACAAGUAACCGGGAUAAGAGUGGUGCCUAUCUCUUCUUACCUGAUGGAGAAGCUAAGCCAUAUGUUCCUUCAGAACCUCCUAUCUUGAGAAUAGCUCGUGGCCGACUUUUUUCAGAGGUACAAUGUAUCUACCAACACUUCACGCACUCAGUCCGACUCAAUAAUGUGCAUGGAGUUGAUGGGCUGUCAUUGGAAAUCUCUAAUAUUGUCGAUAUUAGGAGGGAAAUAAAUCAAGAAAUUGUCAUGAGGCUGACCACAGAUGUCAAAAGCAGCAAUCAAUUCUACACUGAUCUGAAUGAUUUCCAGAUCCAGCCAAGGCAGACGUUAAACAAAUUGCCUCUUCAAGCUAAUUUUUAUCCUCUGACGACAACAGCUUAUAUUCAAGACAAUGAUGUUCGUUUGACCUUGCACUCAGCUCAGUCUUUGGGAGUUGCUAGUCUAAAGAGUGGCCAGCUGGAGGUUAUAUUGGAUCGCAGACUGAUGCAAGAUGAUAACCGUGGUCUUGGCCAAGGACUCAAGGACAAUAGAAUCACAGCCAAUUUGUUCAGAGUUUUGUUGGAGAAACGAAUUGGAGUAGAUGUGCAUGAUGAAAGUAAUAAGGCAGUGAAUUAUCGUUCGUUGUUGAGCCACAAAGUAUGUUCCUACUUGAAUCAUCCAAUAUUUCCAAUGGUUGUGAACCUGAAUGUUGACGGAGUUCCUCCACUACUGAACCUAUACAGUCCUCUUACAUUAUCCAUGCCAUGUGAUAUGAGCAUACUUAACCUAAGAACUAUAGAAGGAAAGGUUGAUGGGACUCCAUCAGAUGAAGCGGCCUUGAUCAUCCACAGAAAGGGUUUUGAUUGUCGAUUUUUAAAUAAAAAUACUGGGCUACUUUGUUCUACUACUCAAGGCAAGAUUCGUGUGCACAGUCUCUUCAGAGACCUAAGAAUUCAACACCUAAUACCAUCAACCUUGACUUUAAUGCACAAAACACAAAAUGACAAUACUACUAGAGAUAUAGAACUGAAUCCAAUGGAGAUAAGUACAUUCAGAAUUAAAUUAAGAUGACCCUGUAACCUACUGAGAUUGUCUAAUGAGCUGUUUGAAGAUCAUAUUGUACAUGUUGUUGAAUUACAAUAACUGCAAGAACAUGAAAAGAAAUUUUUAUGCCAAAGGUGGAAAACUAUUUUCACUUAAUUUUGUGAAAAAUUUGUAAAGUUUUAAAAGCGUUAAAAUAUUUCAGGCAACAAUAAAAUGAUGUGGGAACAAACUGCUUAUAAUGUAAUUCCAGGUAUAAUUUAUCUUCCAAAAAAGCCAUAAUUUAAUGUAUUUUAAGUUAGGCAAUGUCUAAAGGACAUUCUUACAUGUGAGAUGUUGGAUUUGUUCAGAAAGUGAAAGCUCAUAAGCACAAAAUCUGAAAUUCUGGAUUUAUGAGGUCAUGAAUAAAAGCCAAGGUAAUGCCUGAAAUAAUAAGAAAGUUUGGAAUUUACACUGGAGUGUUUUUGAAAACGAGACUCGGACUUUUUGAGCUGUUCGGAAUUCUGUCUUUUAUAUUUGGAUGGGGUAAGUGCAAUGCUUCAGCAGUCAUUUGUAAUGAUAAACCAACUACAACAUGUACAUAAACAACCAACAAGAAUAUUUGUUUGUUAGUACAAGACAUAUUUUCUGCGGGCCACAUUAUCCAGAAUAGGUGAUCUGUACAAAAGUUGUCACUUGAGAUCUGUGCCUUACAAUGAUAUUACAGAUUAUAUCUGUUGUACUGUUCUCUUUUCCAAUAUUUUAUAAACCAGUCUCCAAGUGGGAUGUUUUGUACCUUAACAUUUGGGUUUCAUCAGAAGAAAAGUUGAAAGUAUGUACAGAUGUGAAAGGUCAUUCAACUCUUGUUACAUUAGCUUCCUAUAAAUCUUUUGAAGCCCUUUUAUCAUGAGCAUUUAACUAUCUCCUGUCCUGGUUCAACCAACCUAACUACAAAUCCAUUUACUGCUUUUGUUGCUGAAAUCAGUCUAAAUUUUUGUUUCACUGAUUUGACCUUAAAAUCCUUCCUUUGUUAUUUUAUACUUCACAUUCUUCUACAAACUAUCUUUUCAGUCCAUUUUGAAGACAGAAGAAUUCUAGUUUAUCCAGUCAUCCCUAUUACGAUCCGAUAAUGCUAGGGAUGUAUCAUCUCUGCAUUACCAAUAAGACUUGAAUAUUUAACUUGUAUUUCAGUAAUCAAAAUAUUAAAAAAGAAAUCACAUUAUCUAAUUUGGCUGAGUGCAUGUACAAAUCAUUUUAAAUAAGCUAUGAAUCAUUAUCUGAUGAAGGGCUUAUGCCCGCAACAUCGAUUCUCCUGCUCCUCGGAUGCUACCUGACCUGCUGUGCUCUCCCAGCAACACACCCUCGACUAUGAAUCAUUGUCUAUAUGAUAUAUCUUCUCAUCUUUUACUUUCCAUUUCCAGUGACCAUUUGAAUGUAUUAAUGUGAAAUAAUAAGGUUGAUUCAUCAUAUUCUCAGUAAUGCCAAAGCAAGUGCAUGUAUUAGAAAAUUUUGCAUGAAAUUGAACUGAGUGGCCCUUUUGAGUUUUGUUACUUUCAUGAUCUUGUCUAAUGCAAUACCAGAAGAAUUUUUUAUAUUCAUGUUACUUAUCUAACGAUCCUCUAACAUCGCCAAGCAAUUAUUGCACAUGGUCUUUUCCUCCCCCAAAUGGAGCUGCUAUACAUUUGGAUUUGUAUGUCGCUGAAACUACCUGUACCAACAUUUGCUAAUGUUAGAGCUAGUAAUUAUGUUCUGCACCAAAAUAAUAAUAAAAGAUGGCUAGUUUGUAUAAAGUUGUGUAAUACAAAAUUCCAGAUCUCCUUCCCCAACACCCCCCCCCCCCCCCCCACCCACUGCCCCAAACAGUGUGUUUUAAAGCUCAACUCCAUCCUGUCCCCCUUAGUUCAGGCACUUCCCACCUACAUCAGUGACACCAAUCACACCCUUCAUAUCUUGAACAACUUCCAGUUCUCUGGCCCACAGCACCUUUUAGAAUUCAAAUAAUCUCCUUCCCCUCCCUGGCAGUGCUCUCUGCCACCACUCAGAUUCAUUCUUCCCAUUGACCAACCAGGUUGUACCCUCUAUCUGUCUUCACUUAUCCCCACUUCACCACCUUGCCCCCGCUUCCCCUUUUAUCUGUAGCUCCCACCACACCCAUUCCCAUUAAUGAAGAAGAGUUACACCAGAAACAUUGACUUCUGAUGCUGCCUGGUUUGCUGUGUUUUUCCAGCCUCAUGCAUGUCUACUUUGGAUUCCAGCAUCUACAGUUUCUUGUCUCUAACCAAGUUGAUGUAAUUGACCAUUUUGCUUGAAGAAGUACUGUGGGAAAAAAAAAAGAAAAUUGAUCAUUUUAAUGUGGCUUAAUCUUUGUGUUAUUCAUGUGAAAUUGAAUGUUCUGAAUGUUAUUUUUUUCUUUGCCUUCUUUUUGCAUGUGAUUUCAUUUACUCUGUUGUGCUUUUUGAUGCAUUAUUUUGAUUUGUGAGUUUUAUAUAAUUUUAGAAUUGUGAAUGAAAUUUAUCUCUCACAGUCAUAGCAUUUAUUCUUUUAUAAUAGAUAUUGAUAUCACCUUGUAAAGAUAAGUCAAUGAUAAUUUUCAAAAUAUUGUUUCAUAAUUUUGAUUAACACAAUCUACUAAUCAAUGGUUUAUGAACAAUCAGCCUAGCAGUGACAUCGUAUAUUGGUUAAACUAAAUUUUGAAUUCAGUGAAAACAGAUCUCAACAUAACUUUAAACAAUUUUUAAUACCGCUGCGUUCUAUAGAUUUAGGACAAUACUGCAUUAAAAAAAGGAUUGUCAAGAAAAUUUCAGCUCUGUUAACUGUUAAAAUACAGUUGAAUUAUUAAAGAUCCAUAUUUAAUUCAAUAAAACAAUAUUGUUGAUAAACAGCAAACUUCAAAAUCUCAUACGGCUAUGAGGAUUUCAGUGCAUGUUAGUGAAAGGGCUAAAUUGAUUUAAAUAAUUUCUUUCAAUGAAUAAAUUUAGUUAUUUUUUAUACCAAAUACACCAAAAGCUCUGACCUGAGGGUGCAAAUUAAAAAUUAAAUUUAGAAUGAAGUGCUGUUUAAGCACAUUAAUAUUGUGUUGAGUACUUAUAAAUUAUACCGAAUUGUGUUGCGCACUUAUAAAUUAAAUCAAAUAUUUUUAACUUGGAAUGAAUGAUUUAUUAUAUAUAGUUCUGGAAAGUAGUUUAUUUGCCAUUUUUUUAAUUGAUCAAGACUGGUUGGAUGAAUAGGUUCACCUAACUGAAAUGCUGUGUACUUUGGAAUCCCAUAAAUUGUUUCAUUAAAAUCAACAGUAAUUGUUACGUUUGUUUUUUAAUACACAGUCUAGUAGGAGUAUUUUCUGCGAUGAUUAGCAAUCAAAAUUUGAGUUUUCAAAAGGUGCAUGAUCAACUUGUGACAAUGAACAUAUUUUAUUCAAAAAGGUUGUGUAGUCAUAGAGAGAACAGUGUAAUUUUAAUACAUCCUACAAAUGAUGUGGAACUGGAUGAAAUUAAAUUGAAAGCUUUGCUGAUUUACAUUGCUAUGUCUUAAAAAUCUUGUCAGUUUAAAAUUUACAUUUCAGUUAUUUCAUGUUAUA